AUGGAUUCAUCUUCUUCUUAUGAUCAGAACGAUAAAAUGUGUGACGAUGAGAUUCAAGGAGAAGAUGCUUCAGAACCUUGCCUAAUUGCUCGAAAGAGAAGAAAAGAAACUGAAAGAUCAAGCUAUGCUCUUUCACCAAAACCAAGGAAAUUAGUUGCUCAUAGAGUAAAGACAGCUGGUGAAUGGGAAGAAGAUGGGGAGGAGGAAAAUGGGGAGGAGGAUGCUGAUAAUUCUAUUGUUGGUGAAACGGAUCAGAAUGGUGGGGAUUACAGUCUUUAUGGAAAGGUUCCAGAUGAGGACGAGGAAGAUGAUGAUAAUAUUUGUUUUGAAGAAAUCCAAAAGACAUAUGCUAAGACAAAUGCUAUUGAAGGAGGAAAAUCGAAUGGUACCAGUAUCUAUGUCAACCAGAGUUUUGUUAGCAAGGGUGCACUGCUUUCAGAGCUGCGGUUGGCAGCAGUGAGGGGUAAGUUUUCUUUCAGAUUAUACAAAUCAACGAAAACUCUCGUUGUGGCAACAUGUCCGGUUAGCUAUUGUGGAUGGAAGGUCAGAGCGAGUGUCAAACAUGGGACAAACACGUUUUGGGUAACAAAGUAUGUGGAAAAACAUUUAUGCUCAGCGGGAGACCGAAUCGCUCAGCGGAGACACUGUACUCCGAAGUAUGUAGGUAGUCUUUUCAUUGAUCGUGUUGGAAUCAUUGAUGGGAUAACUCCGCAGCAUAUCACUGAUGCAAUGAGGAACAUGUUUGGCAUGGCGCUUGAUUACACCACUUCAUACAGAGCACUGUUAUAUGCACAAAGAUUGGUGAGAGGAUCAGCAGAAGAAGGGUAUUCGCGUCUGGCAUCAUAUCUCGAGCAAAUCUCCAUUGCAAAUCCUGAUUCUAUCACGGCGAUAGAACUUGAUUCUAUGAAAAGAUUUAAGGUCAAAGGAGACGCCAAGAGCAUGACAUUCAAUAGAAGGGUCAUUGUGGUGGAUGGAACUCACCUAAGUGGAAAGUAUGGAGGAACUAUGUUAGUUGCAGCCGCACAAGAUGGCAAUUUUCAGAUAUUCCCAUUGGCUUUUGGGAUCGUGGAUGAGGAAGAUAUACCUUCUUGGGAAUGGUUUUUCACAAAAUUGGCUAGUUGUAUAUCUCAUGACAAGCCUCUGGUGAUAGUCUCCGACCGGCACAAGGCCAUUAAAAGUGCGUGUGAUAAGGUGUUUCCUUGGGCAACCCGAGGAAUAUGUUAUUAUCACCUUCAAGAUAACAUUGUCAAAAAGUUUAAAGGGAAACAUCUCAUGUACUUGGUGAAAGGGGCUGCUUAUGCUCACACGGUUUACGAUUUUGACCGGUACAUGGCUGAGAUACGGAGUGCAAACCCGGAACUUGCAACGUAUUUGGAGAAAGCCGACGUCAGGCUAUGGUCAAGGGUUUAUUGUAAGGGGAACAGGUUCAACAUAAAAACAAGCAACAUUGCUGAAUCUAUUAAUUCCGCACUGAAGCGAGCAAGAGGAUUUCCGAUUACGUUCCUGCUGGAGUUCAUAAGGCAGAAGUUAGGAAAAUGGUAUUGGAAAAGGAGACAAGAUGCUUUGAGUCUCACAACUGAACAUAGCCAGGGUGUUGAAUACUUGCUUGCUGUUCGAGAAGAGAUAGCGGAUACGAUGACGGUCGAACCAAUUGAUGGAUGGCAUUUCUUUGUCAAAGGUGGCAAAAUGGACUGUGUGGAUACUCAGAGAAUAUAUAUCCUAUCGUGUCACAACAUAUUGAGGAACGAGAAUGCUUUCCUCCAGAACUAA